AUGGCGGAGACGACUUCAAAUACUUUCAUGAUGCUUCUGCACGAGUCCCUCGCACGCUUCAAGAAUAGAUGGAAGAGACGACUGCAACUUGAGAAGGAACACACAGGUCCGACUCCCCCGGCCGCGAAAGCCCAGGGGCUUAAUCGAGUUAACCUAGACACUUGGCCUAUCAUCGAAGCUUCAAUUACCGCCUUUGAGUCUGGGGCCGACUGGCUUGGACCACUGAAAGCAGCUAUCGGACCACUGAUUGAGUGUAUCGAAAUCUACGAGCGCGAGUGGGGCGGGCACAAAGAGCAGCAAAAACUACGAAAGAAACUGAAUGAAAUAAUGCAAGACAUGACAGAGCUCAAGAAAUGUUCGGCUGAGUUCGCAAUGACUGGUAGCAUUCAGCGUAUUAUUGCCGACAUUCAAGAAGAGGCCCAAACAAUCAGCGAGGCCAACCAAAAGACAAUAUCAGCAGGAAGACGACUGAAGAGUAUAAUGGAAGGAACAGAGCAUAUACUGGAGUGUUAUGGCCGCAUUGAUGAGCACCUUCAACGAUUGGCGCUCAACGUAAACAUCAACAUGAUAAAUGCUGUCAGCCAAGAAGCAAAGGAGUCACGUCUGGCCAAGAUUCUGUCCACGGGGUCUGCCUUUUACGACUCGGGAGGUGUCAAACGAGGUCGCUGCGCACCCGGAACGCGCAAGCCGCAAAUCGAACUGCUGCUGCAAUGGGCAUCUAAUCCAGAGUCCGGUAGAACAUGCUGGAUGAAUGGAAUGGCCGGCACAGGCAAGACCACCAUUGCAUAUACCGUGUGCGAAAGGCUGGGUAGCCAGCUCGGGGCUAGCUUCUUCUGCUCGCGCACAAUCUCGGAGUGUCAACAAGUCAAUUCAAUCAUACCGUGUAUUGCCUAUCAGCUCGCACGAUUCUCUGCUCCAUUCAGCCGUGCCCUAGACAGCGUGCUCAAGGCGGACCCCGACGUGCAUCGUCGAAAUCUCAAGCAGCAGUACGAGAGGCUUAUCUGUGAACCAUUGGCGAAAGAGAUAAAAUCAAUGCCAACGGAUGUGAUCGUUGUGAUUGAUGCGUUGGACGAAUGCGAGGAUCCGGAAAGCGUUGAACAAGUUCUCGACAUACUGUUGUCACCAAAGUACAAAAUUCCGAUUCGCUACCUUGUCUCAAGCCGACCUGAAAAAGAGAUCUGCGCACGGAUGGCCGCCAGGAUCAACGGAUCUGAAGAUGUGCCACUGGUGUUGCAUGACCUGGAGUCCGAAGCCGUCAAGGCUGAUAUUUCAAUAUAUAUGCGAGAGGAACUCAAGAACGUUCCGCUGUCGGAGGACCAAUGGUCUGGGAUCCUUGACCGAUGCGGAGUGCUAUUCAUCUAUGCCUCGACUAUAUGCCGCUUCAUUUUGCAGGGCCAAAAAUCAGGUACGCUUGACGAGGUAGUCGCGGCGACCAUCAACUCUUCGUUCAAGCCAGCGAGGGGUGGAAACCCGAUCGACAGUCUGUACCUAACAAUACUACGAUCUGCGUUCGGACAGCUUGAUAUGAGCGAAGCGGACGCACAAAGAAUGAGAGAAAUUCUGGAAACAGUCAUAUGCGCCAUGGCACCAAUGACGCUGGCAGCGAUCGCGAACAUGCUCAAGCUGAGAAGCCUCAAGCACGUACACUCACUAUUGCAGCCAUUGCGCUCUGUGCUCAACAUUGCGAAAGGAACCGGGGAGGUGACCACUUUGCAUGCUUCAUUCCAGGACUUCAUGCUCUCCCAUGAUCGAUCCUCGGAUUUCUGGUGCAAUCGGCCAGGCCGAAAUGCCACGAUGGCAGAGGCGUGCUUACAGAUAAUUGGAGCCGCAGAGCCGCGGAUGAACAUAUGCGGCCUACCUUCGUCACACCUGUUAGAUACCGAAGUGGAAGACCUCGAUGAGCGGGUACGGCGUGCAAUCUCACCUGGACUUGCUUACGCGUGCCAGUAUUGGUCAACGCAUCUCUACCACGGCGAGUAUCGAGCGGCGCUAGCUGAUCGUGUACGCACCUUCUUCUUCAACAAUCUACUACUGUGGAUGGAAAUCACGAACCUCGUCAAGAAGAUGCGACAUGGUACCGGCAUCAUUCAACAAGCGGAAAGGUGGUGCACGAAACACGCGAUACCAGAGGACGUGUCAAAAAUCGCUCAUGAUGCCGUGCAGUUUGUAUCGGUAUACGCCAACCACCCCACAUCCCACAGCACACCGCAUAUAUACAUCACCAUGCUUCCGUUCUGGCCUCCUUCGCGACCCGUCUCAAUUGCAUACAUGCCAAGAGCAAGCGGACUCGUGAAGCCACAAGGGAUGGCAAUCAGCCGUCGAACGCUAGCACUGCUGGCUACCUGGAAGGUCUCGGGUUGUAAAGUCAGGUCGAUGGGUCUAUCUGAUGAUGGGACUCGACUGGCAGUCCCUACUGAGGGUGGAAUCGAUGUACUCGACACGUCUACCGGUGAAGUCAUUGUUAGUCUCACCAACCAGCUUGCACGGGGGGUCAACUAUGUCACUCUAUCCAACGACGGCACUCAAGUAGCGUUCGGCAGCACCAAUUCUACCUUGCAGCUAUGGAAUGUGAGCAAAUACGAUACCAUCAUGGAGCUGCUACCGAAUACUGGCUCAGAUAUUCGUUCUGUCGCAUUCUCAUCCAACGCAUCCCAUGUCGCUUGUGGCUUGGAAAGCGGAGACAUUUACAUCUGCUGUUUGCACACUGCCGAACCCCCCCUUGGACCCCUUAAGGGGCACACUGAUAUGGUCACUUCGGUCACUUUUUCUCCUGACUGCUUUCAUCUUGCAUCUGGAUCAUAUGAUAGCACAGUCCGCGUCUGGGAUGUGCGGGCCGGGUACCCGAUCGGGCAGCCUUUCACAGGUGAUAUGCUUUGGGUCACCUCGGUCUCGUACUCGCCCAAUGGCUCAUGCCUUGUCUCCGCCUCCUGGGACUGUAGUAUCCGAGUGUGGGAUGUACGAGCUGCACAGACGGUCCUAGGACCGCUCAAAGCAAAUUCCAGCGCGGUUACCUCUGCUACCUUCUCUCCCAACGCCGCUUUCAUUGCAUCCGCAUCAUUUGAUAACACCAUCCGAGUGUAUGACGCACUCACUGGUAGCAUAGUUCUUGGUCCUCUACAGGCUCACACCGGCUCGAUCAACUUGGUCGUGUUCUCUCCUGACGGCUCUCGCUUGUUCUCUUGUUCAAACGAUGGCACUGUACGUAUAUGGAACGUACAAGAUGCAGAUGUGUCGAAUGCCCUACCUCCAGCCACAGGUCCUUCCGGGCCCAUAUAUUCUGUCCGGUAUUCGCACAGCGGACUUCGAGUUGUGUCCGGCUCAGACGAUAAGGCAAUUCAUGUAUGGAAUGUGGAAACGGGCGAGCUAAUUCAGGGGCCUUUGAGUGGACAUAAUGAAGGUGUUUCCUGUGUUGACUACUCACCAAGCGGCAGAUACAUCGCAUCUGCUUCGUGGGAUCAGACCUUGCGAAUCUGGAAUGCAGACACCGGUCAAGACGUUCAUGGGCCAAUCCAAGGUCAUAACGACGCAGUGAGCUGCGUACGAUUCUCUCCAGAUGAGUUGAACAUUGUGUCUGGGUCACAUGAUGGUACAGUUCGACUUUGGGAUGUGAAGGCCGGGCAGUGCGUGAUGGAGCUGCUCAAAGAUCAUUCACCAGUCUGGUCGGUCGGAUUCUCUCCCGAUGGUCGCAACGUUGUCUCUGGCUCACAAGAUGGAACAAUACUAGUGAUAGACUGGCGGACAGGCGACACGGUGGUUGGCCCAGUUCAUGGACAUGAUGGCACCGUCAGAUCAGUUGAGUUCUCGCCAAACGGAAUGCAAAUCGUCUCAGGGUCUGAUGACAAGUCAAUACGGGUAUGGGAUGCGCAGACCGGACAGCAGAUUGUGGUUUGUGGCAGAGACGGCGUGUCACACGAUUCCUACGUGUAUUCUGUUGGGUUCUCGCCCAAUGGUCUCUACAUUGCGUCUGGCUAUUUAGACUGCUCUUUGUGCGUGUGGGAUGCGCAGACGGGGAAGAUGAUACUUGGACCACUAAGGAGACACACCAACCUGGUACAAUGCGUGCAGUUCUCGCCCGACAGUUCACACAUUGUCACAUGUUCAUGGGACGGCACUAUCCGGCUUUGGGACUUCUCAAGUUGCCUAAUGGGGCUGCAGGCACCAGAAGAGUUGGCUGAAGGGGAAGGGCAUUCAACCUCCUAUAGCCAGGAACACAUCAAAGUACCCAACUCCUGGACUCUUGACAAGGAAGGCUGGGCAGUAGACUUGGAAAAUCGGCGGCUGGUAUGGGUUCCAUCAGAUUUCCCUGUCCCACUUCCAAUUCCUCCAAAUUACCUUGCAAUUUCUAGCCAAGGAGGUCUCAGGCUAGAUUCUGAUGGAGCCAUGCUAGGGGAAACAUGGGCAGGCUGUUUUCUUACCUGA